AUGGUGCCCUUCCCCGAGGAGCCCGCCGCCGCGCGGGGGACGAGCGAGGCGCAGCCACCGGGCCCCGCUCCUACGGUGGGGGCCGCUCCGCUGCCCGGCCCGGGACCCUCGGACGGCCCCGAGGCGUCCGUCGAGAAGGUGGAGGUAGAGCUGACGGGGCCGGCGGGCGCUGAGCCCCCGCAGCCUCCCGAGGGCGGCUGGGGCUGGCUGGUGAUGUUUGCCGCCAUGUGGUGCAAUGGGUCGGUGUUCGGCAUCCAGAACGCCUGCGGGGUGCUCUUCGUGGCCAUGCUGAAGACCUUCGGGUCCAAGGACGAUGACAAGAUGGUCUUCAAGACAGCAUGGGUAAGUUCUCUGUCCAUGGGGAUGAUUUUCUUUUGCUGCCCAAUAGCCAGUGUCUUCACAGACAUGUUUGGUUGUCGGAAGACAGCUGUUGUGGGUGCUGCUGUUGGAUUCAUUGGACUCAUGUCCAGUUCUUUUGUAAGCUCCAUCGAGCCUCUGUACCUCACCUAUGGAGUCCUGUUUGCCUGUGGCUGCUCCUUUGCCUAUCAGCCUUCACUGGUCAUUUUGGGCCACUAUUUCAAGAAGCGCCUCGGACUGGUGAAUGGGAUCGUCACUGCUGGCAGCAGCAUCUUCACAAUUUUGCUGCCUUUCCUAUUACGGGUCCUGACUGACAGUGUGGGCCUCUUCCACACACUGAGGGGCCUCUGCAUCUUCACGUUUGUUCUCUUUCUGGCUAGCUUUACUUACCGACCUCUUGUUCCAAAUGCCAGAGACAAAGAGAGUGGAACCAAAGGAGGCAACAGAUUCUCCCUGUUUUCCAGGAGGAAGUUUGGUCCUCCACAAAAAGUUUUCAAUUUUGCCAUCUUCAAGGGGACCGCUUACGCGGUUUGGGCAGUUGGAAUACCACUUGCACUUUUUGGAUACUUUGUGCCUUAUGUUCACUUGAUGAAACAUGUGAAUGAAAGAUUUCAAGAUGGAAAAAAUAAAGAGGUGGUUCUCAUGUGCAUUGGCAUCACUUCAGGGGUUGGACGGCUGCUCUUUGGCAGGAUUGCAGAUUAUGUGCCUGGUGUGAAGAAGGUUUAUCUUCAGGUACUCUCCUUUCUCUUCAUUGGUCUGAUGUCCAUGAUGAUUCCCCUAUGUAGGGUCUUUGGGGCCCUCAUUGCUGUCUGUCUCAUCAUGGGUCUCUUCGAUGGAUGCUUCAUUUCCAUUAUGGCCCCCAUUGCCUUUGAGUUAGUUGGCCCCCAGGAUGUUUCUCAAGCAAUUGGAUUUCUACUUGGAUUCAUGUCUAUACCCAUGACUGUCGGCCCACCUAUUGCAGGGUUACUUCGUGACAAGCUGGGCUCCUAUGACGUGGCAUUCUACCUCGCUGGAAUCCCUCCCCUUAUUGGAAGUGCUGUCCUUUGUUUUAUCCCCUGGAUCCACAGUAAGAAGCAAAGAGAGAUUGAUAAAACCACUGGAGGAGAAAAGAUGGAGAAAAUGUUGGAGAAUCAGAACUCUCUGCUGUCAAGCUCACCUGGAAUCUUUAAGAAAGAAUCUGACUCUGUUAUUUAACGUCUUACAUACCUCCACCAGACUGAACUUGCUUUCAGAAGUUUAAGCAAGUUUUCCUUUUAUAUAAAUUGCAGAUUUCUUAUUUUUUUAAUCUCAUCCUAAGAAUAGCACAAUAAUUGGGAACUAGAACCCUUAUUACUACAAGAACCAUUUUCUGCCACUGAAUAGCUAGCUGUCUGGUAUUUCCAUGAGUGUGGGGGCAGAGAGUCUGGUAUAUGAAAACUUAUGUCGGAAAGUCAAAUAUUGUGAGCAUUGAUGCUAUCUCAGUAAAAAGCAACUCUGGAAACUGUGAAUGCUAAUAAGCUUGUACAAAUAUUUAAAAAUACCUCAAGCUAUAAUGAAAGGGUUGCAAUUUGGUUAGGACUGGAAUUGUGUUUGUUGUCUCACAUGAUGUUUUUAAUUCUGGUAUCUCUGUUUUAAUUUCUUCUGCUGUUUGGAAACUUUUUAUAAGAUUCAAGUCUGGAUUCUAGAUAAUGUCAGAUCUACCGAAACCUCAAGUCUGUGUUAAAGCUCUUGCCUGCUCUUAACUAAGAUCUGAGGUUAAGUUCUUCUGCCUUGCUCCGGUGUCCGGGGGGCUUCUGGGAGAGAUGGCAGCGCUGUGUCGGGAUUCAGAGCGCGGCGCGGAAGGGAUCAUGGCCAUAAGGGCAGAGCAGUUCAGGAGGCGGGCAUUUCUCCCACUUCCAUUUGCUUCCUUUCGGUUUGCCGUGUGUUGAUUACUCAAGUAGCCAGAAACCCCCAGAUUUCUGAACUUGUUUAAAGUGUAACAAUAAAGUGAAAUAGAGUGAAUCAAAGAGAUUCUGGCCAUCUUAACGUAGAGUUUUUCUGACUUCGAGAUUUGUAACGUAGAGUUUUUCUGACUUCGAGAUUUGUUAGCACUAGGACUUGACAUUUCCACAGAGUCUUACUGAACAUGUUACCAAGUUGCAGUUUCAGGUACAAAUAGGGAAAAAAAAAAUCUUUGUAUUCAUGUGGAAAAUAUUUCUGAUAGAAACAAUUGCUCCAGUUGGUUUAUAAAAUUAAUGGGUCUUGAAAGGUUAAAAGCACUUAUAAAGAGAAACAACUUCUGUAUUCCAAAACUUACUGGCAAAAAUUUGCACUCUUCGGUAUUUAUCCUAGCCCGCUCCCCAUUAACAUUCCCAGUAUUUUUUUCUCUUUGUGCAAAGACACUUGUAUGAAAGCUAUUAAAGUUUUAAAGACCUAAAAUUAAAACCAAAGUCAUGCCAUGACCUAUACUCAUCUACAAAAAAUAGGAACACUUUCCUCAUCCUGAAAUUAUACUUUAGUACGCUUCUUAUUUAUGUCUUUGAAAGUUAAUAAUAUGCAAAGUAUAUUUAAAUCCUAAGUAUAAAUGCAUGUUAGAGCUUCCUCAAAUGUAGCUUGCUCACCUGGGAAGAAUGCUAUCUUUUUCUAAAGCACCUCCAGGAUCCAUCUGUUUCAAACUUCUCUGGAAGGACAGAAACUUAAUCUCUUAUCUCCCUACUUUUCCUUUCAGCUUCUGUUCUUUGUCUUUAGCUGAGGAUGUAGAAACCUGAAGAGGAUAUGGAUUUGUAGUUGUUGAUG